AUGUCAGGUACAGACAGGAAGUGAUGUCAGGGUAUAAAUAGGAAGUUCCAGGUGAGAGGUGAGUCGGGAGGAAGUGGAGAGAAGACAUUGCUGAAAGUGGUAGCAGAGGAGAAAACCUAUAUAGAUCGCAUCAUUGAGGAUGGAGGAGGACUGGAGUCUCAUGACUGAGAGGAUACUAAACCUCACCCUGGAGAUCAUCUACCAGCUAACUGGAGAGAGAUUCCCUCAUCUGAAGUCUGGAGAUCGUAUGACCAUCACAGUGCCUCCAUGUGACUCCCUAAAACCUGAGAGACACAACAUGGAGAAGAUUCUAGAAGUCACCAAGAAGAUGAUGGAGCUGCUGACAGGAGAGUGCGGAAGCCCCGGGGAUUAUAACAUUGUUGUUAAAGAAGAGUAUAAAGAGGAGGAUGAGGAAUAUGGACUGAUGGAGGAGUUUUCAGAAGGGCACAAGUAUCCCUUCGAGGAUAUUAUGAAGGAUUCCCCUAAUAACAGGAACCUACCACCAAGAUAUGCUCUGUAUUUCCGGGAAUCCACACAUGAAGAUCACACCGUCCCUCACCAUGACAAGGGUGAAGAUCUGAUUGAUAUAAAAGUUGAAGACGAAGAGACGUAUGUGAGGGAUGAUCAGCAGUCUAUGGAGGAGGAUGGAAUAACGGGGACAUUUAUAGAGGAGGACACUCCUACAGAGAUCAGCACAGGUAGGUCAUACAUUCCUCCACAUAUACUGAUCACAAUGUAUGUAUCUAGACUGGAAUUGUGGAGAUUCUGGGGAUUAGUUAGCAGGAAAUUUUUCUUUUCUUCACGUGUCUUGGGUCUUCUGCCCCAUGCCGGGUCUACCAAUUUCUUUGACAUAGCAUUUUUCUCAGGAUUUCUUGCUCUGUUGUUUGCUGGCUGUGCCGGGUGGAGGGAUAUGUCUGUAUAGUCUCAGACCCAAGUC